GUAUGUUGAGUGCUUUUCAGCGGCACUUGCUGCUGGCUGGCAAACGAAGAGAGCGAUCAGUUUAUGAGUUGACUUCGAGCCGAGCGGAAGCGCGUUUGUCGUUCAGCGGAUGUAAUAGAACAAAAAAAGAAGAAAAGAAAUAUCGCCUCGAGAAAAAAUUAGAACACAAUUUAUCAAUCGCGCUAUCGCACCCCCCACUUGGAUUACGGUCAACGCGAAAACUACAACAACAGCUAGAAAUAAAAAGAUAUAGAAAUCGAGAAACGAGAAACGAAAGCAACCAAAAUCAAAAAAGAUAUAAAAGAAAACAAGAAAAUCGUUUUAGUUAAAGCAUUAAAUCGGUUGAUGUGGUGUUGUUCUUGUGAAAAGUGGCGAUUGUGCAAAGCUUCGCUAUAAAACCAACCAAAAGAAAAUAAUUACAAAAAAAACAAAACAAAAAACAACAAAAAAUCCCAAAUAAACACACACAAAAUGGGCGAGAAAUAGAACGAGCAGUGAAAGACCAAAAGAAGCCCCCUAUAACCCCCUCCGGUUAAGCCAAAACAAAAUCGAAACCCCAUUCGAAGUUUUAGGAAAUAUCCAAAAUGCUGGCCACCACCCACAUGCUAUACGUGCUGAUUGCAACCUGGGUGAUACCCAUUUUCGGUGCUGCCCUCAGCAAGACGGUGUUGUACCAGGCUCCCGAUGAAUGCCGCUGGUCCGGCGGUGGGGAGCACGAUAUCACCUUGGUCUGUCACCUGAGGACCAUCAACUCGGAGCUGGAGAACACCAACUUCAGCGUGAUCCAGCCACAGAACACAGUUCGCCUGCGGUUGGAGUGCAACGAUGCUCUAUUCUUCCAGAGCAGCCUAAGUCCCGAUAGCUUUAGGUCUCUGGUUGAGCUUAGGGAUCUUACCAUCGAGUACUGCAAGUUGGGAAACCUCACAGAUGGCUCGUUUAGGGGUCUUCAGGAGUUGAGGAACCUCACCAUUCGCACACAUAAUGGUGACUGGUCCACCAUGUCGCUGGAGAUGGCCUCCAAUAGCUUCGUGGAGUUCCGCCAGCUGGAGAGAUUGGAUCUGAGUCUCAACAACAUCUGGCUAAUUCCCGAUGGCAUGGUAUGCCCCCUGAAAUCCCUGCAGCAUCUGAAUGCCUCAUACAACAAGAUCCAGGACAUCAGCAACUUCUACUUUAGUGCCUCGCUGAGCUCUAGGAAAGCACGAGUUUGCGGCUCUACGCUGCAAAGUCUCGAUCUGAGUGCCAACAAGAUGGUUAGCUUGCCCACGGCCAUGUUAUCGGCUUUGGGUCGCCUGACCCAUCUGAAUAUGGCCAAGAACAGUAUGAGUUUCCUGGCUGAUCGCGCCUUUGAGGGUCUUCUGUCGCUCAGGGUUGUGGAUCUCUCGGCCAAUCGAUUGACCUCUUUGCCGCCAGAACUCUUCGCGGAGACCAAGCAACUGCAGGAGAUUUACCUAAAGAAUAACUCCAUUAAUGUCUUAGCCCCCGGAAUCUUUGGUGAAUUGGCGGAACUUUUGGUUCUCGAUUUGGCCAGCAAUGAACUGAAUUCCCAAUGGAUCAAUGCAGCCACAUUUGUGGGUCUCAAACGGCUCAUGAUGCUCGAUCUGUCGGCUAAUAAGAUCAGCCGCUUGGAGGCGCACAUCUUCAGACCUCUGGCCAGUUUACAGAUCUUAAAACUGGAGGAUAACUACAUCGAUCAGCUGUCAGGAGGCAUCUUUGCUGAUCUUACCAAUCUACACACACUGAUCCUCUCCCGCAAUCGCAUCUCAGUCAUUGAGCAACGCACUCUGCAGGGUCUGAAGAAUCUAUUGGUUCUCUCCUUGGACUUCAACAGGAUAUCCCGACUGGAUUCAAGAUCCCUGAUCAACUGCAGCCAGCUGCAGGAUCUGCACUUAAACGACAACAAACUGCAGUCUGUGCCCGAGGCCCUGGCCCAUGUUCCCCUGCUCAAGACCCUCGAUGUGGGCGAGAAUAUGAUUAGUCAGAUUGAAAACACCAGCAUCACCACGCUGGAGAAUCUCUAUGGUCUUCGGAUGACGGAGAACUCUCUUACCCACAUCCGACGAGGCGUUUUUGAUCGGAUGAGUUCCCUGCAGAUCCUCAACUUGUCACAGAACAAACUCAAGACCAUCGAGGCGGGUUCUCUGCAGAGGAACGGCCAACUGCAGGCCAUCAGAUUAGAUGGAAAUCAGCUGAAAUCAAUUGCUGGCUUAUUCACCGAGCUGCCCAACUUGGUGUGGCUGAAUAUCUCGGGUAAUCGUCUGGAGAAAUUCGAUUAUUCGCACAUUCCCAUCGGUCUGCAGUGGCUGGAUGUGCGGGCCAACAGGAUCACCCAGUUGGGUAACUACUUCGAGAUCGAAAGCGAACUGAGCCUGAGUACCUUCGAUGCCAGCUACAAUUUGCUGACGGAGAUUACAGCCAGCUCCAUUCCGAAUAGUGUGGAGGUUCUCUACUUGAAUGACAAUCUGAUUUCCAAGAUUCAGCCAUAUACUUUCUUCAAAAAGCCCAACCUGACGCGGGUGGAUUUGGUAAGGAAUCGUCUGACCACCUUGGAGCCUAAUGCUCUUCGCUUGUCACCCAUUGCCGAGGAUCGGGAGAUCCCUGAGUUCUACAUUGGCCACAAUGCCUACGAAUGUGAUUGCAACUUGGACUGGCUGCAAAAGGUGAAUCGCGAGUCGCGUACUCAGCCACAACUUAUGGACUUGGAUCAGAUUCACUGCCGUUUGGCUUAUGCCCGUGGAUCAUCACAUGUCUCCUUGAUCGAGGCCAAAUCGGAUGACUUCCUCUGCAAAUAUGCCUCACAUUGCUUUGCCUUGUGCCACUGCUGUGACUUCCAGGCCUGUGACUGCAAAAUGGAAUGCCCGGAUAGAUGUUCCUGCUACCAUGAUCAAUCCUGGACCUCAAAUGUGGUCGACUGCAGCCGGGCUUCCUAUGAACAGACUCUGCCCUCGCACAUUCCCAUGGAUUCCACACAGCUGUAUCUGGAUGGCAAUAACUUCCGGGAGCUGCAGAGUCACGCAUUCAUUGGCCGCAAGAGGCUAAAGGUGCUGCACUUGAACCACUCCAGGAUCGAAACACUCCACAAUCGUACUUUCUAUGGCCUUCUGGAACUGGAGGUUCUCCAACUGCAGAGUAAUCAGCUGAAGGCAUUGAAUGGCAAUGAAUUCCAAGGUUUGGAUAAUCUUCAGGAGUUGUACUUGCAACACAAUGCCAUUGCUACGAUCGAUACUCUUACCUUCACGCAUCUGUAUCAUUUGAAAAUCCUGCGAUUGGAUCACAAUGCCAUCACAUCCUUUGCCGUCUGGAACUUCCUGCCUAGCUAUCUGAACGAACUUCGUCUGGCGGGUAAUCCCUGGAGUUGCAACUGCGAGUUCAUUGACAAACUGCGAGACUACAUGAAUCGUCAUGAGUAUGUGGUGGACAAGCAAAAGAUGAAGUGCGAUGUGAUCAGUGGAAAUAACACCCAGCAGAUGGUUAUAUACCCAGGAUCCGGAGAGGCUAGUUCCAUGCCCGUUGUGCAGUGCAGUCAGACUUUGCCAUUGGGUCUGGAUGAUAGCUUCAAUUAUGCCGAGCAGGCUGGUGCCGAGAAUCCCUCGAAUGCUACCUCCACUAAGAUGAUCCUUAAUCAGCCACCAAAACUGGAUUACAUACCCAUCUUGGUGGCCAUUCUAACGGCCUUUGUGUUCAUCAUGAUCUGCACUUCUUUGGUAUUUAUCUUCCGCCAGGAGAUGCGUGUCUGGUGUCAUUCGAGAUUCGGAGUCCGACUCUUCUACAAUGCCCAGAAGGAUGUGGAUAAGAACGAGAGGGAGAAGCUAUUCGAUGCCUUCGUUUCGUACUCCUCCAAGGAUGAGUUGUUCGUGAACGAGGAACUUGCUCCCAUGCUGGAACUAGGUGAACAUCGCUAUAAACUGUGCCUGCACCAGAGGGACUUUCCCGUUGGUGGCUAUCUACCGGAAACCAUAGUCCAGGCCAUCGACAGCAGCCGUCGAACCAUAAUGGUGGUCAGUGAGAAUUUCAUCAAAUCGGAAUGGUGCAGAUUCGAGUUCAAGUCUGCCCAUCAAUCGGUACUGAGAGAUCGUCGCCGGCGAUUGAUAGUCAUAGUGCUGGGCGAGGUGCCGCAGAAGGAACUUGAUCCCGAUCUACGUUUGUAUCUGAAGACCAACACGUAUCUGCAGUGGGGCGAUAAGUUGUUCUGGCAAAAGCUUCGAUUCGCUUUACCGGAUGUCUCCUCAUCGCAACGCUCGAAUGUUACCAGCCAGGGUUGCCAUGUACCGAUCAACCAUGCCGCUUACCAUCAUCAUCAUCAUGUCCACCAGCAGGCAAUGCCACUGCCCCAUUCGGUGCACCAUCACCAGCAGCAGUUCAUGUUGCCACCGCCACCACAGCAACCAGGCAGCUUCCGCCGCCAACCAUCGGUGCACCAACAACAACAACAACAGCAGCAGCAGCAACAACUUCGCGGCGGCAAUAACAACGCAGCAACGCAGCAGCAGCAACAACAGCAGGCGGCCUUGCUGAUGGGCGGUGGUUCGGUGGGUGGGCCUGCACCUCAGAUGAUUCCCCUGGCGGGUGGCAUCCAGCAGCAGAGCCUCCCAUUGCCGCCAACCCAGCAACCGACGCCGGCGUCUAGAAAUCUGCACAUGUGAGUUGGGUUAACACUAAGCCAAGGGGUUAAAGGCAAGGUCAGUGGAGCUAGAGAGAGGGUUAAAGAGCUGUGUUCUAUGAACUUUAAAGAUUUAAAAUAUUUAAUUAUUCUUUAAGAAUAAUAACUAGAUACUUAAUAUCUUCCCCCCAGAAACAGAAACUAUUUCAAAAAGGAAAAAAAAACAUUUAUUUUAAUGAUGACCACAAACAUUCUUUGGCCAUAAAGAAAAAAGGGAAAUAGCACAGGCCAAGACCAUUUGUACGAUCUUGUUCGGUUAUGAAAGGUGAUCUAGAAUAUCUGAAAAAGUACUUACCCUCGCGAAAAACAAGUUUAACUUCCUUGGGUUUCCAAAUAACAACAGAAAGAGUAGCAAAAGCUAUGAAAGGGGAAUUGCAUUCAAUAUGCAAAUGCGAGCGUUUAGCGAUAAAAGCCUAGUUACAUGUUAAAAUAGCAAAAGUAAAAGAAAAAUCGAGUGGGGAAAAGAACACAGGCAACACCGGGUAACAACAAUAACAACAACAACAACAAAAAGACAACAGUAAAAUAGCUGGCGAGCCAGGCAAUUGUUGUUUGUUGGCCCUGUUCUGUUUUCUUACGGCCAGCUAUUUUCAGUUUCCUGGCUCGCAGCUAGAUUCUGAAAAUUGAUGUUGCAUGCAGCACACCAACAGCAACUGCCAGCUAACAGAUACACAAGGCAAAAUUUCACAUGUCUUAUAAUGAAAGUUAAUUAAUAAUUUGCAAUUAGACAUGAACUUUGGAGUUAAAAGAUAAUUAAGAGAUGGCUGAGAGAUCUGUAACUUAGAAGGCAGCAAAAACUUUAAUGUGAAAGUAACUUUACAGAUAUUUUUAUACACUUUUAGAUACAAUCAUUGAUUGGUUAUCCCGUUUUUUAACAAAUAUUUUUAUGAAUUUUUAAAAGUUCUUAUUUAUUUCCCUGUGUGUAGUUUCCACACCAACCAGUCAGUCAGCCACAAAAGGCAGCAGGCCCGAAAGUAUUUCUCUUGGCUUUAUAUAUUUUUUCUUUUUUUUGUCUGUUACCUCCUUCUUCUCCUUUAUUUUGUCGUUUUCCAGUAGAUUUUUUUUUUCUGUUUUUUGGUUUUCCCCGUUUGCAACGCUCAGUCGUUAGUUCAUCUUAACUGCUGCAUUUUGCUAUAACAAGCUCGACGUGUGUAGAAGAUACACUCGUGUAUCUGUAUCUGCAGCAGCUGUAGUCGAAUACGAAUGCCUGUGUAUCUGUGUAUCUGUGGAAAUGUGACUGAGCGCGGGUUGGGAAAAAUAGGCAAAGGCUAGCGGCCAAUGGCAAUGGCAACGCAAAACAUCACAGAGCUCAUGUCUGGCUAAAAAGGAAAAUGGGAAAAUGGGAAAUGGUAACAAAAAGCAGACCUUAGACGUUAGACGGUUAGAAAACUGAAAACCAAAAACCCAGACCGUCUGCAGACAGUUUCUGCUGUACGGGUUUAAAAUUGGUUUUGGUUUUUGUUAGCUUCGUUUUUUUUCUUUUUAUGUUUUUUUGUUUUGUUUGUUUGUUUGUUCUCCUUUUGAGCCACAAUUACAUGUGCUAAUCAAUGGCAGCAAAAAUAGAUAGCUCUGGUCGAGAAAGAAUUGUGUGUGAGAAGGGAAACAAUUGUUGAGGAUUUAACUCUGAUAAAACGGACUUACAUCCAGCAAUUAAUGCCGGUUAAUUGUAUCUCAGCAUAGCAGCAAGAUAAAGUUGUGAAAGACAAGAAAAAUUCCCCUAUUAUAGAGUCACUUCUGCAGAUCACGCCAAGCCAAGAUUUGAUUAGAAAACAAAGCUUUCUUUUUUUUCACUCGCCCUCCGCUAGUCAGAGAUUAAGAAGAAGUAGUCAGAAUUUCCCAGAGUGAAACUUACAAUUGUGACCUUGCUGGCAAAAAAAAAAAAGAAAGAAAGAAAAGAGAUACAAGUUUUCCACCUAGCAGCCGUUGGGGAAAA